AUGGCAAAAAGUAGAAAACACGAGCUGGAGACUGGCACGAAAAAGUCAGAGAAAGCCAAAGUUCUCCCUAGCAAAAAGCCGAGAAACGAGACUACCGAUCCCGCUCCAGCAGCAGAUCUCAGUUCCCAGAAGGGCGUGCAUAUGGUAGAGAAACGGGCUCGUCCCUGGGUGGACGAGCAGCCUCGUGCUUAUCACCCUGCUCUGAAAGCCCAGUGGAAAGAUGAAUUGUUCAUCAUUGACCAUGAGAUUGCCGAGACGAAGGAUGGGCUGAAGAUCACAUUUGAUGUGGUCGGCUCGACUGGAAAUGUCUACAAAGUAGUCAUUGGCAAGGUGCCUACCUGCGAGUGCCCUUCCUACCGCUACCGUGGACCAUGUAAGCACAUUGGCUUUGUCCUGCACGAGGCGAUGGGUGCGCCUGCCGAGCUGGUGUACCAGAAGGCAUUCUUGCAGUCUGAGUUAACUAAGAUGCUUUCCGAGUCACCUCUGAAAAGAAUAGUUGACGAAACAGCCGUUUCCCUCCCUGGGUGUAACGCCCUAUUGCAUGAGCACAACGAAUAUGGGCCGCCAUAUCUCACUAGAGCCGAAAUCCGAGCCGAGUGCCGUCCCGGCAAAUAUGGGAUUGUGAAUGUCGCCGCUCAAUUUGGUAUUCUGGCGUGCAACGCCCGCCGCCAGCCUGUUUCGGUUGAUCCUUCGAAAGCAACUCUUUACAGUGUUGAUCUGAUCCACGUGAAGCGCAAGAUGCCAAAAUUGCAAGGAAUAGAGAUCAAGCCUGAUGAGCACAAGACAGACGGCAAACUUCCCUCGGACACCGAGGCCGAAGGGAGGCCCAUGUGA